AGCACAUGUGCAUCUCAGCAGCACUAGCAGUGACAAACUCGAAGCUUGCCUUCUUGUUUACACCCUAAAACUAAAACUAGAGUCGUCGGCGGCAACAAGCGGUACGUACGUAGAGGAUGAAGAGCAGGAGCAGCACUCUGUUGGUGAUCCUAGUUCUCCAGGCCCUUCUGCUCUCUGCGGCUGUGGCCAAAGGACCUGCAGGGCCGAAGAAGCAGUGCUGGUGCGGCGAGUGCACCAGCUGGUCGGGCGUGUGGACCUGCGACGACCUCCUCACCAAGUGCGCCGCCACCUGCAAGAACUGCGUCCCCGUGUCCACGGGCAAGGGCGCCACCAAGUACAGGUGCCGCGACUUCCUCCCCGAAAACUGCGGGUGCAAGAUCCACUAAACUCAUCCAAUUCCACCAUGGCCACAGCAGCCGAUGGAUCCUUCUUCCAUAUGCAUGUUCUCCUCCGUCCGUCCGCCUAGCUUUGCUACAAGCAGGCGCUAAUAAGCAAGCUGCUGUUGUUGUUUUGCAUGUUUGAUUAGGUGACCCUUUCCACUCGAGAUGGAAUAAAAUAAACGUCAGGCGCACGUACUGACGUGUUAUUA